AUGCCGAUUCCCGCCGAAUGCACGGUUUUGGUGAUUGGUGGAGGCCCGGGAGGGUCUUAUGCGGCGUCGUUGCUGGCCCGCGAGGGCUUGGAUACGGUCUUGUUGGAGGCUGACGAGUUUCCGCGAUUCCAUGUCGGCGAGAGUAUGCUCCCAUCUAUGCGUCAGUUCCUGCGAUAUAUCGAUCUCGAGUCGAAGUUCAAAGAGCAGGACUUCACUAAGAAGAAUGGCGGUGUGUUCAAGCUCAACUCGAAGCCGAUAGCCUACACGGAUUUCAUCGGCGACGGUGGCUCGGAGAACUAUACUUGGAACUUCCUGCGAUCGGAAUCCGACGAUCUCAUGCUCCGGCAUGCCACCGAGUGUGGCGCAAAGGUUUUCACCGUGACUCGAGUCACGUCUCUACAAUUCGCACCGACCGGCGUCACAGUCAACUCGGUGGAAUCAGUCCCCGAUGUCGUCAGCCAUAGUUUGGGACAGCCGGUCUCUGCAACAUGGGCAUCGGCCGAGGACUGCGGAGCCAUUCGAUACAAGUACUUGAUCGACGCGACAGGAAGGGCCGGGAUCGUGAGCACCAAGUACCUGAAGAACCGGAAGAUGAACACGGCGCUGAAAGACGCCGCGACUUGGGGAUACUGGACUGGAUGCGGUGUGUUCGGCGAGGGCACACGCAUGGAGAACGAUCCAUAUUUCGAGGCCAUCAAAGACGGCAGCGGCUGGGUCUGGGCCAUCCCGUUGAAAGAAAUGAUGUCUAUCGGAGUAGUCAUGAGGCAGGAAAUAGCCGUGAUCAAGAAACGAGAACACGGCCUGUCCUCCUCGCAGGUCUACAUCAACGCCAUCGAACAGGCCCCGGGAAUCCGGAGCCUGCUGCAAAAAGCCGAGUUGGUGUCGGAUCUCCAUUCCACUGCUGACUGGUCCUACAACGCCUCCACAUACGCAAGCCCAUACCUGCGAAUCGUCGGCGACGCAGGAUGCUUCGUCGACCCGCUCUUCUCGUCCGGGGUGCACAUGGCGCUCGUGGGGGCCCUCUCGGCCGGAGUGACCAUCUGCGCCGCCGAGCGAGGCGACUGCGACCAGGCGAUCGCAGCGGAUUGGCAUUCUAAGAAAAUAGCCGAAAGCUAUGCGCGGUUCCUACUGAUUGUCGCCAGCACUCGCAAGCAGAUCUCCAGUUGCGACGACCCCGUGCUGAACGAUGCAGCAGAGGGCAGCUUUGAUCGCGCAUUUCACAUUUUCCAGCCCGUCAUCCAAGGAGCCGUCGACGUCGAAGGCGAGAAGUUCAACCAAGAAGAAAUCGCCAAAGUAUUCGAGUUCUGCGGCGGGGAGGCAUUUAACGCGCAUGAGGAUAUCGAGAAGCUAGCCAACGAGGUCGGAUUACCUCGCGAAACAGUCGAGCGCUAUAGUUCUAUCAUUCUGGAGAAUAACGCGGUGAGUAUCGAUAACUUCGAGAGCGGGACGUUGGAUGGAUGGACGCCGAAUAUGGAGCCAGGAGCGUUGGGAUUGGUUCAUGCCUGCUAGGUG